AUGCUGAAACUCGACUCCCGGCGGUAUUAUGGGAGUAGUGAGACCUUUGUGUUUCAGAUUUUCGAAGAAGGGGGGGGGGAGGAGGAGGGGAAGGGGAAGGGGCCGGCCGGCGAUCGCCCGUCGCGCGCGCCGGAGCUGCGUAGUUUUCACUCGCAAGGCUGCAACGCGCAGUACAUCAACUGCCGCGCGGAUUCCAUCGUGAUCGGGGGCGGAGGGGGGGUGAGUCUUUAUAUCGAUGAUCGCGUGAUGCACGGGGCGACGAGCGCGUGCCCGACCUUCGGAUCGCCGCCGUUGACAGAAUGGGCACCCAGCGGUGCCGAGGCGGGGGCAACCCCCACGACGAAAACGAUGGGGUUUGAUAUCCGACGACUGGAGGUGAUCGUCAUGGCGUGA